AUGGACACCGAAGAUGGAUCAGUAUUCAUAAAGAACCUCGCGUAUUUUGUUCGAACCCACGAGAAGGCUUUAGCCAAUGCAUUACAACUCCAGCGUCAAGCUCCCCGAAAUGCGUCCAGCCCACCUAGUGGAAGCACAACUGCGGCUACCACCACCACCUCCUCCUCCGCGUCAGCUACAUUCGCCGCCGCGCUCUCGCUACCCUAUCUCAGCUUCACAUCUCAGAACAUCAAACCCGUAAAACUCACCCUUACGCCCCACCACCUCUUCUUUCUGCUGUCUCGCUUCGAAGAGCUAGGCAUACCAGUUGGUCCGAUGAACGUGCGGCUGGAGAAUAUUCACACCGACGCGUCGCCGACCAACUAUGUGUCAUUCCUUAGCCAGGCGCAGAGGAAGAAGAGCCGGAAUUCAGACCGUGAUUCUACACACUCGGUGUCCAGUAUACGAAGCAUGAUGUCUGGCAUGACAUCACUGUGGUCAAGCUUCGGACUGACUAAUUCCGCUGCUAAAUCCGAGAAGCAGAAGGCCGCGAUACAAGAGGAUUUGAAAUAUCUCUACAGCGCCAUAACCAAGAUACCUUGCCUUAGGCUCGCUCCAGAUCACAAAGCACGCCUUAUCGCAGGUUAUGAGGAAUUCCCGUUUGACUCGGCUGUUCCUCUGUUCGCUUUCAAAAACUUGAGCGCACUUGAGGUAUAUGAUGUAGACUUCCGCCAAUUCUAUGGCUGGGAUCGUCUGGCCGAUCAGCUACGGAGUCUAACCCUCAAGCGUGCAGGCGUUGAUGACCCAGCAGAUGUUCUGAUCAACAUAGUCCUAGACGAUAUGGACAAGCGGCGACGACGGUCGGCCAAAGUCCCACCAUCUCCUGCGCAACCCUGGCCCGCUCCUAGUCCAUCUCUCAAGCAAGCUGAGCUGGCGCGGUCCGACUCGGGACCGGAUUCUCCUUCAUCAGACAAACCCGGAUCAGCGAGCAGUCCACAAAGUUUAGCCUUGGGGAGGGGAAGCUCAGGAGGUUCCAAGAGCACAGUUCGCACAAGGCAGCGUAGCGUGUCACCACCACGACCUGGUACCGCUAGACAUGGCUCAUCACAUGGUCUUGCAAGAAACAGCACACCACAACUCAGACGCUCGUCUGGCAGCUCAGGCUCGAGCAUCCGAUCGAAUACUCCGCGUGGCUCCUCAUCAAACCUCCUCUCCCUUGGCGCCAUCUCCUCUUCCAAAUGGAGAUUCCUUAGACAUCUGAGUCUUGCCGAUAACUCCAUGACCACAAUAGCAGCAUCGAGUCUUGCUCCCCUUACGAACACCCUUCAGUCGCUUGAUUUGUCCUCAAACCUCUUCACCGAAACACCGGACAGUCUUGCUAGCCUUGUUGCCCUUCGAGCAUUGAACCUCUCCUGUUGCAUGAUUGAGUCAUUGCAUUCGCUAGCUCGAAAUCCCUUACCGGCUAUUACCACGCUGAACCUGCGGGGGAAUCGGCUAGCUUCCCUUGCUGGGAUCGAGCGACUGUUAUCCUUGGAGCGUCUUGAUCUCCGAGACAACAAGCUCACGGACCCAACGGAGCUAGCACGCUUGACUGGUAUACCCAACAUGCAGGAGAUCUUUGUUAGCCGGAAUCCGUUCGUCAAGACUCACAGCAACUACCGUAUUACAAUCUUCAAUCUGUUCCGAGCCGCACCGGGGUGUUCUGAGGACAUCAUAAUCGAUUCAACUGGUCCAGGUUACAGUGAGCGGAAACAACUCACUGACCGAGUCCCUGAGUUAGCCAGCGUCCCAGUCGUGAAGCCUCCAGUCGAGGAGGAUGACGUCACAGUGCCGGUAUCGGAAUCCUCUGGUCUUCGCACACCCACCGAGAGCCCGGCGCCAGUCGACGAUCCUAGGAAGCAGUUAUCGUCCUAUCGUUCCAGGAGCGAGUACGCAGUCAGUUCGCAACGGCGACGCAAGGGUCCAAAGCGGAGAAUUGUCGAGCUAUCACAGAGCGAAGCUCCCCCUCAUAUACUGUCCGAAUCUACAGUCACUCCGCCUUCACAACCCGUCGAAUCCGCAUCUGAAGAUAGCACGUACGGGGGCAGUCCUGUUGCCACACCGACUCGUAAGCCAGGCGCGCCCCUGAAUACAGACCCUCAGGCGCGUGAACAGUCUGGUCUGUCGAUGAUAGACACGAUUGUCAAGUCUCCGUCGCUUGGUGCACUGCCAAAGAGGCCGUCUCUUGUAUCACCAGAAUACAGCUCGAAUGGCGAUUUGUAUAAGAAGAAGAUCGAGGCACUUCGGAAUGACUUUGGCAAUGGUUGGCUAAGCGCACUGGGCGACGGAAGCUGGGACAAUUCUCAGCGGACCAACAGCUACAGCGACGGGGCAUUCACUCCUCCAGGAGCGCUCCGGCCGACUGUGCCUUCAGUGAGGUCGCCCAGCCAGGGUAUCGUCUCUGGCGGACGAACGCUGGGCUAA